AUGUCUAGCGGAGAGGUGCUGAAGGCGGACAAGGACUUCACCAAGGAUGUCGAUGCGGCGAUUCCAGAAGCCGAGAAGCUCGGAUCUGUCAACGCACAAGGCGCCAUCGACAAGCUGCUUCCUCUCGAGAAGCAGACCCGCCAGGCCUCCGAUCUCGCCUCGACGUCCCGAAUCCUCGUCGCCAUCGUCACAAUAGCCAAGCGCGCAAAUGACUGGAAUCUGUUGAACGAGCAGGUCCUACUCCUUUCCAAGAAGCAUGGCCAGCUCAAGCAGGCCACCACCAAAAUGGUGCAGACCGUCAUGGAAUUUCUGGGCGACAUCAAGAACCUCGAUACAAAGCUCUCCGUGAUUGAGACGCUCCGCACAGUGACCGAGGGCAAGAUCUUCGUCGAAGUCGAGCGCGCUCGCGUGACCCGGAUACUGUCGGACAUCAAGAAGGAGCAAGGCGACAUCAAUGCGGCGGCAGAUAUUCUCUGUGAGCUGCAGGUCGAGACGUUCGGUUCCAUGACGCGACGCGAGAAGACCGAGUUCAUCCUACAGCAGGUGUCGCUGUGCAUAGAGAAGGGCGACUGGACACAGGCCGGCAUUCUGAGCAGGAAGAUUGGCACAAAGUACUUCCAGCGGAGGCCCAAGAAGUCGCCCGAGCAGCUCGAGAAGGACCAGAAGGAGCGGGAAGAGAAGGAGAAGAACCGCAGCGUCGACGAUCCCCCAGUGGAGCCCGAGGACGACGUUACCGACCUGAAGCUCAAGUACUACGAACAGCAAAUCACCCUGGCCAAGCACGAUGACAAGUACCUCGACGUAUGCAAGCACUACCGACAGGUGCUGGACACAGAGGCGGUUGAGGAGGAUCCGAAGAAGCUUCAAGCGAUCCUCCAGCGCGUCAUCUACUUCAUAAUCCUCGCGCCAUACGACAACGAGCAGUCGGACCUUAUCCACCGCAUCCAGCGAGACACGCGCAAUUCGCGCAUCCCACAAGACGCGCAGCUCGUGAAGCUGUUCACAGUGCCAGAGCUGAUGAGGUGGCCCAUGGUUUCAAAGCAGUUUGGCCCUCACUUGACCGAGACGGACGUGUUUGAUGCAGAGAAGGACGACUCGGACGACGCCAAGGCAUUCACGAGGUGGCAGGAUCUGCGAAAGCGUGUUAUUGAACACAACGUUCGCGUCGUCGCCAAGUACUACACACGCAUCCAGAUUCCGCGAUUGACAGAACUUCUGGAUCUGACCGAGGACGAGACGGAGAAGUACAUCAGCGAGUUGGUGACGGGUAAAACUAUCUUCGCCAAGAUCGACCGACCGGCGCGUGUCGUUACCUUUUCCAAGCCCAGAGAUGCUGACGACGUGCUCAACGAAUGGAGUGGGAACAUGAAGAGCCUGCUAGGCUUGCUCGAGCGGAUCGACCACCUCAUCACCAAGGAGGAGAUGAUGGCCCGCAUCCAGCCAACAAAGGUUGACAAGAGCAAGGUGGCCAAGGGCAAGGCGAAAUGA